AUGAACACGAAUAGAGAUUUCAAGGAGCUGAUACUUGCGGACAAGCUCUCCAAGCUUACUAACUCUCAGCAGUGCAUUGAGACUUUAUCACAUUGGUGUAUAUUUCACCGGAGCAAUGCUGAACAAGUUGUUUCAACAUGGAAAAUACAGUUUGACAAAUCAGAUAUUAAUCACAAAAUUCCCCUUUUGUAUGUUGCAAAUGACAUCAUGCAGAACAGUAAGCGUAAUGGAAAUGAAUUUGUGAUUGAGUUUUGGAAGGUUCUUCCUGCAGCACUUAAAGAUGUUAUUGCGAUAAACGAUGAUAGAGGAAACCAUGCAGUAUAUAGACUGUUUGAAGUAUGGGAAGGAAGGAAUGUUUUUGGGUCUCGAGUGCAAAACCUCAAGGAUCUAAUGCUUGGAGAGGGUGCUCCUCCUCCAUUGGAAUUCGGCAAAAAGAGAUCGCGUUCUGUAAGAGUUAUGAAAAGGGAUUCUGUGAAGAUUUUGAAAAGGGAUUCUCGUUCUAUCAAAUCGAAAAUGUCCAUAGGAGGAAUGGCAGAAAAAAUAGUGUCUGCAUUUCAUCUGGUGCUCAGUGAACAAGCCAAUGAAGAUGCAGAGAUGAGUAAUUGCAAGUCUGCUGUUCAGCGUGUGAGGAAGAUAGAGAAAGAUGUUGAUAUUGCAUGUACCAUUGCUAAGGAUCCUAAGCGGAAAACUUUGAUGAAGGAUCUAGAAGAGCAACAAAAUCUAUUGAAACAUUGCAUAGAGAAACUUAAAAUAGUUGAGGCAAGUAGAGUAGCCCUAGUAUCUCAGUUAAAAGAAGCUUUGCUCGAGCAGGAAUCGGAACUGGAGAAUGUUCGUACACAGAUGCAGGUCGCACAAGCACAAAUAGAAGAGGCUAGCAACAUGCAGAAGCGACUUGAUAAUGAAGAUCCUUCACAGAAUGCAUCAUUUAAAAGAACUUCAGGCACUGAUGCAGCUUCACAAUCAGAAGCAGCAACUAAAAAGUCAGCUGCAGCAAUUGCCGCCGAGGUUGCAGAUAAACUUACUGCUUCAUCAUCAUCUCAAUUGAUCAUGAGUUCUGUUCUCUCAACAUUUGUCGCAGAAGAGGCAAAGAGUGCUCGUCUAACUACCGAGUCCACAUCAAAUUCUAUGAUAUCGACGCCAAGUUCAGAUGCUCAUGUCUUUAUGCCAGCACAACAGUUGACUGCCGUGCCAAACCAUUCAUAUCCUUCAGUUUUGGUAACUCAACCAACUAUGCACAAUGCAGCCCCGUCGUUGCAAGGUCAAUAUCACUUAUAUAGUAAUCCAUCGUCCCAGCAAUAUGUGCAGUCAACAGGAGGGGUCGUUUCUCAAUAUGGUUAUGGUAGCAUACCACCAUUACAGCAAGCACCACCCCCACCUCCUUUUACGAAUCAGACAAUGCAAAUAACACAACAACAGCCGGUACCAACUUUUACUAAUCAUACAAUGCAAACAACACAACAACAGCCAGUACCAACUUUUACAAAUCAUAGAAUGCAUACAACACAGCAACAACCAGUACCAGGUUAUAGGAACCAUACAAUGCAAAUAACACAGCAACAACCACAACCAGUACCAAUACAUGUUCCAGUCCCUCCAAGUUUCCGGCCACUUCAGCCAUCCGGAAUGAUGUACUAUGCUAAUCAUUAA